GCUGUUGUGGCUCAAGUCUUGAAGGAAGUUUGUAAAGGCUGCCGCUGGAGGGUGCGGCCGCUAGCUUCAAAGGCCCUUGGCCUGCAAACUCCUGGGGAACGCAGGAUGCGGCUGACAUUGGAGUUGCUGCAGCAGGCACCGCAAUCCUUGAAUCCAGCCAAGCACAGGCAGCUACUUCUGCGCGGGUUCAAGAUUCCAACCAUCGAAAACUUGGGUGGCACAGACGAUGCUUAUGAGUGCUUGGACUUGUCAGACAAUGACCUCAUCAAGCUUGGAAACUUCCCUCCACUGAAGAGGCUGCGAGUGCUCAUGCUAGCAAAUAACCGGAUCAGCCGCAUUGCGCCGGACUGCUUUGAUCCGAUCCCACAUAUUGUCAGCCUGGUGCUCACAGGCAACAAGCUGGAGAAGCUUGUCGAUUUGGAACCUAUCACCAAGCUUGUGAAUCUCGAGCGCUUAAGCCUCAUGGACAAUCCUGUGACCAAGGUGAAGCACUUCCGACCCUACAUGAUCCACAAAAGCUCCAAGGCUUUGAGGAUCCUAGACUUCAACCGAAUUAAAGAUAAAGAGAGAAAGGCAGCUUCACUCUUGUUUGCCGGAGAUCGCGGCAAGAAGCUGCUUGAGGAGAUUGCACCACCGCGGGUUGUGGGCAAGGAGCAGACAGAGAAGGUUUCAGAGGUUGCAAAGACUGGGCCUUCGACGGAGGUAGUUGAGAGAAUCAAGAAGGCCAUUGCAGAGGCAGAGACCAUUGAAGAGGUCACCCGAUUGGAGAAGGCACUGAAGAGUGGUGUUCUUCCUGAUGAUCUGAAAGAGCCAGGCCAAGCAGGACCGGCAGAGGGACCUGAACAAGGUCCUGGGCCCAUGGAGGUUUCGGAAGGAGCAGCGCAAGCAGAGGGUGACACGCCAGCUGCAGCUUCUUAGGUCAAAGAUAAGUGCAAUGCAGUGGAAAGAGCUGAAAAGGGUGCACUGUGUUUGGUUCGCUCGGACCCGUCGAAAAGAGAUGCCUAUCGUUUUUUUGUCGUUAUUUUGUUCAACACCCGGAGUCCAGAGGCCUCAAGCAUGUCAAACUCUGCUCCAAAUACCACCAUGCCACCAAGGACCC